AUGUGGGGGAUCCAACAUGGCGGCUGCGGCGACCCUGGCGAUGGCGGUGGAGCCCGUCAGGACAUAGUGGCGGGGAAGCGGGCACGGUCCGCACUCACGGUGGCGUCGGCGGAAACGGCGGAGGGCGGUGGAGGGAAGAAAAACGACGGAGAGCCCCCGAGGGAGACGGUGCGCCUGGAGCUGGUGCUCAAGGACCCGACCGACGAGAGCUGCGUGGAGUUCAGUUACCCGGAGCUGCUCCUGUGCGGAGAACAACGGAAGAAGCCCAUUCACACAGAAGACCCAUUUAAUGAUGAGCAUAAAGAGAGGCAAGAAGUGGAAAUGUUGGCUAAGAAGUUUGAAAUGAAAUAUGGUGGGAAACCCCGUAAACACCGGAAGGAUCGGCUACAAGAUUUAAUUGAUAUAGGCUUUGGCUAUGAUGAGACAGAUCCAUUUAUUGAUAACUCUGAGGCUUAUGAUGAAUUAGUUCCUGCUUCUCUAACAACAAAAUAUGGAGGAUUUUAUAUCAACACUGGCACUCUACAGUUUCGCCAAGCUUCAGAUACUGAAGAAGAAGAUAUUACAGACGACCAAAAGCACAAACCAUCCAAAAUUCCUAAAAUAAAAGAAGACGGCAUUGAGAUAAAGAAGCGGAAGCGGAAAGAGGAAGGAGAAAAGGAUAAGAAGCCAAGGAAAAAAGUACCCAAACAACUGGGAGUUGUAGCUCUGAAUUCACACAAGUCUGAAAAAAAGAAGAAACGUUACAAAGAUUCUCUUUCUCUAGCUGCCAUGAUACGAAAAUUUCAGAAAGAGAAGGAUGCAUUAGAGAAGGAAUCUAACCCUAAAGUCUCAGUGAACUUAAUGAGCACCUCUUUGAAUAAACCCCCCUCCGCUGCUGUAACAUUGGGAAAUGAUGUCUCCGACUUAAACAUGAACAAUGCUGAUCCGGACCUUCCCAUUUUUGUUAGCACAAAUGAACAUGAACUCUUUCAAGAAGCUGAAAGUGCCCUAAAGAUACUAGAUGAUAUUGACUUUGACAGAUUAUUGGAUGCUACUUCUGAUGGUAGCCCCCUCUCUGAGUCAGGGGGAGAGAAUGGAAACACCACCCAGCCAUCCUACGCCUCUCAGGUUAUGCCCAAGGUGGUACCUAUACUCCCAGAGGGUUUACCUGCCCUUCUUGAAAAACGUAUCGAAGACCUCCGUGUAGCUGCCAAACUUUUUGAUGAAGAAGGAAGGAAAAAAUUCUUUACACAGGAUAUGAAUAAUAUUCUUCUGGACAUUGAGUUACAGCUGCAGGAACUAGGCCCCGUCAUUCGUAGUGGUGUCUACGCCCAUCUUGAAGCGUUUGUGCCAUGCAAUAAAGAAACACUGGUAAAGCGUCUAAAGAAGCUACAUCUUAACGUCCAGGAUGAUCGUUUAAGAGAACCUCUGCAAAAACUGAAACUGGCUGUUAGCAAUGUCAUGCCUCAACAGCUAUUUAAAUACCAGGAGGACUGCCAGGCUCGUAGUCAAGCUAAGUGUGCCAAGUUGCAAACAGAUGAAGAACGAGAAAAAAAUGGAUCCGAGGAAGAUGAUGAUGAGAAACCAGGGAAACGUGUCAUAGGACCAAGAAAGAAAUUCCACUGGGAUGACACCAUUAGAACUUUGUUAUGUAACCUUGUUGAGAUCAAAUUGGGAUGCUAUGAGUUAGAGCCAAAUAAAAGCCAGUCUGCUGAGGAUUAUCUUAAAUCCUUUAUGGAGACAGAGGUGAAACCAUUGUGGCCUAAGGGCUGGAUGCAGGCAAGAAUGCUUUUUAAGGAAAGUCGGAGUGUACAUAAUCAUCUUACUUCUGCCCCGGCAAAGAAAAAGGUGAUUCCUGCACCUAAACCCAAAGUAAAGGAGUGUAGUCCAAAAAAGGACCAGAAAACUCCUGCAUCCUUGGUGGCUUCAAUUGGUGGUCCUUCAAGUUCUGUCACAUCUGCCAUGGCCUCCACCAGCUCCAGCUCUACUCCAGCCCAGGAGACGAUCUGCCUUGAUGACUCACUAGAUGAAGACCUUUCUUUCCACCAACCUGCACUGGAUCUUGUUUCUGAAGCUUUAGCUGUUAUCAACAAUGGGAACAAGGGCCCUCCAGCUGGCUCAAAGAUAAGCAUGCCAGCUGCAAAACCUCGUCCAGGACUGAGAGAAGAAAAAUUAGCAAGUAUAAUGAGUAAGCUGCCCCUGGCUACUCCCAAAAAACUAGAUUCUGCUCAGACUGCACAUUCAUCUAGUCUUAUUGCUGGUCACACCGGGCCAGUACCAAAGAAACCCCAGGAUUUAGCUCAUACUGGCAUCUCUUCAGGCCUUAUUGCUGGUUCUUCAAUUCAGAACCCUAAAGUUUCCUUAGAACCUUUGCCAGCCAGGCUACUUCAACAAGGACUACAGAGGUCAAGCCAGAUUCAUGCUUCUUCCUCUUCACAGACCCAUGUCUCCUCUUCCUCCCAAGCCCAAGUUGCUGCCUCCUCUCACGCUCUGGGAACAUUAGAGGCCCAAGAUGCUUCUUCGUUAACACAAGUAACAAAGGUGCACCAGCAUUCAGCUGUCCAACAAAAUUAUGUGUCUCCACUGCAAGCAACCAUUAGUAAAUCACAGAGCAACCCAGUGGUGAAAUUAAGUAAUAAUCCCCAGCUUUCCUGUUCAUCCCCACUUGUUAAGACUUCAGAUAAGUCACUUAUGUACCGCCUUCCCUUACCUACUCCCUCACCUGGAAAUGGUUCUCAAGGGUCCCACUCCCUGGUUUCUAGGACAGUACCUAGCACCACUACCUCCAGUAACUAUUUAGCUAAGGCUAUGGUGUCACAAAUCUCCACGCAGGGUUUCAAAUCUCCCUUCUCAAUGGCUGCAUCCCCAAAACUUGCCGCAUCUCCCAAACCUGCCACAUCCCCUAAACCUUUGCCCUCACCUAAGCCUUCUGCCUCACCCAAGCCCUCUCUGUCAGCUAAGCCUUCAGUAUCAACUAAACUUAUUUCUAAAUCCAACCCAACUCCCAAGCCUACUGUAUCCUCAAGUUCUUCCAGUCCAAGUGCACUAGUAGCCCAGAGUAGCCACUCCAGCAGUAACAACCCAGUCCAUAAACAACCCAGUGGAAUAAAUAUCAGCAGACAGUCUCCCACCUUGAAUUUAUUGCCCUCUAAUCGCACUUCAGGCCUUCCGUCUACAAAAAAUCUUCAGGCCUCAUCAAAGCUACCAAACUCAUCAUCCACUGGAACUGUUGGGAAGAAUAGCUUGAGUGGAAUUGCAGUGAAUGCACCUGCCAGCAGAGGUAGCAACCUUAACUCAAGCGGAGCUAAUAGGACUAGUCUAUCUGGGGGAACAGGAGGUGGAACACAGGGUGCUACUAAACCGUUGUCUACUCCACAUAGACCAUCCUCUGCCUCAGGGUCUUCAGUGGUAACAGCCAGUGUGCAGUCCACAGCAGGAGCAUCAUUAUUGGCUAAUGCCUCACCUCUGACUCUCAUGACAUCACCUUUGUCUGUAACAAAUCAAAAUGUGACUCCUUUUGGGAUGCUGGGUGGCCUUGUUCCAGUGACCAUGCCCUUCCAGUUUCCCUUGGAGCUACUUGGCUUUGGAACGGACACAGCUGGCGUGACAACCACCUCGGGAUCUACCUCAGCCGCUCUCCACCAUAGCUUAACUCAGAAUUUACUAAAGGGUUUACAGCCAGGAGCUCAGCAUGCAGCAACACUUUCCCACUCACCUCUGCCUACACAUUUACAGCAAACAUUUAAUGAUGGAGGCCAAAGUAAAGGGGACACUAAAUUGCCACGGAAAUCUCAGUGACUUCCCAACAAGCAAAGGAGAUGAGACACUCAGCUGGCUGAUGGAAUCUACCUGAUGGGAAAGUACUCAUGUGGUCAUAGGGCUGCUGUUCUGUCGAUGUUUACAUUCUCUCGUCCCAAGCACUGUGGUGAGGAGGAAAAAGGAAAGAAAACAUUACUUGAUGUAAAGCCAGGUGCAGGAGGAAGAAAUGCUUUCAUGCAAAGUUAGUGACUUUUGGUCUCUUCUAAAGAAAGACAAAGUUACCAUAUUAACUGAAUUAAAAGAGACUCAGUUGUCAAACCCACAGAAGUACAAAUUUGUUUUUUCCCCCUGAGGGAGGAAGAAGGAAAAUUGAGGAUUUGGGUAAACUCCAUCCAUCCUGGGGGUUGGAUCUGAACAUGUAUAGUCAUAAUUGCAUAAUAAAAGGCAAUAUAUCUGGAA